GUUUAACAUGUCAUCUAUUUUGAAUAAAUUUAAGAAGCAGACAACUAAUGAUACUCCUAAUGGAAUUAAAUUUGAAAAUACAUCUUUUGGUCAAUAAGCAGGAACUUAUUAACCACCAAUAAUCCCUGCUGUUUAAUUAACCUAAUCUAAUUAACCAAGAUAAAAAGGUAGACCAGGUGGAGGUAAGAAUAAAUAAAUUACAAUAAGGUUGGGAUGAUGAACCAUAGACUUAACCAGAACAAACUAGUAUUUCAACUAAUAAAGCAACCAACUCAAUUAAUUUAUUGAACAAUACUCCACCAAAAUAAAAUAAUGACUAAAAAAGUAAUCAUGAAGUUCUUCUGCCUCCUUAACCUGUUAUAGGGAGUGUUUAAUUGAGUAGAAUUACAGAUUACAGAAAAGGCUAGCUGUUAACUUAUGAAGAAUUAGAAUUAGGAGGAUUGUAAAAAAAGUUUUAAUACUUAGUGAUUAUGAAUUUCAUCUUGUAGACGAAGUCAUUAAAUUAGGUGGAAUAAAGUUAAAGCAAAGUGAUAACGUUCUUAAAGAUUUCUCAAGAUCCAUAGCAACUAUUUAAGAUUAACUUAUAGGAAGCAUACUUUUAAAUAAAUUGCAUAGCGAGGAUAACUGGAAAGUGUAGAUUGUAAGAUUUUCAUUAAAUUAUUAGAGAUGUAUAUAUGCUAUUCAAUAUAUAUGUCAAUAGUUUUAAAAUUAUAGAGAAUUCUUUUAAAUCAAUUAAUAAUAUUUGAAGGUAGACACUGAUUAAUAAUUACUCUCAGGAGCUAUUGAUUAGACAUUAGCAGAAGUUAAUGGUUAAAAAGUUACAAAGCAAAAAGUAAUUAAUAAUUAUUAAAUAAAUAGGAAUUUGAAUUUGAAUUUAGAGAACCACCUAAAAUAUAAUAACCUCUCUAAAGCUAACAGCCAAAUUUAAUAGAUAUUUUAGAUGUUACAUCUAAUGAUCCAUAAUAAUAAAAGUAACAGCAAUAAAAACUUAAUUUAAAAUAACUAAAAAUUAAAUAACCAACUGCUUAAAUAUAAUAAUAACCUAUAGUAUAAUAAUAACCUCUAGUAUAAUAAUAACAAGUACAAUAGAAAAAUACAUAAUAAAUUAAUUUAUUAGAAGCAUUUAGUGAUAUAUCUUUAGAAAAUUAUAAUUAAUAAUAAUUCUAACAAACAUAAUAAUAAUCAUAUUAAUAUUAGUAAUAACCUUAAAUCUAGUAAUAAUAAUAGAAUCAAUUUCAAUACUAAUAAUAAUAAUAAUAAUAAUAAUAAUAAUAAUAAUAAUAAUAAUAGAUUUAAAAUGGAAUAAGUUUUGAUGAUUUACUAAAUUCAUAGACAACAAAUCAAUAGUAAACUUAACCAAAAAAAAAUGCCUUUGGAUUCUUAAAAAAAGAUUAAUAAUAAACAACAAUCUAAAAUAAUUAAUAAACUCAACAACCAAUUAAUUUACUUAAUUCUCCACCAUAAAUUUAUCAAUAACCUUAAAUCAAUAAUUAAGUUCCACAAUAGUAAGCGUAAUUUAUUUAUAAUCAAUCUCAAAGCAAUUAAAAUUAAUAGAUGUAUUUACAACCCCAAACACAAUUUAACAAUCAAUAAUAAUCCUAAAAUAAUAAAAAGGAUCUAAUCGAUUUUCUAAAUAUGUGA